AUGGGCCGCAUCUUCCUGGACCACAUUGGCGGAACGCGCCUGUUCUCAUGUGCCAACUGCGACACCAUCCUGACCAAUCGCUCCGAGCUCAUCUCCACCAGAUUCACGGGUGCCACCGGCAGAGCUUUCCUCUUUAACAAGGUGGUGAAUCUUCAGUACAGCGAAGUCCAGGACCGCGUGAUGCUGACGGGCCGACACAUGGUCCGAGACGUCAGCUGCAAGAACUGCAACAGCAAGUUGGGCUGGAUCUAUGAGUUCGCCACCGAGGACAGCCAGCGCUACAAGGAGGGACGAGUCAUCCUGGAGAGGGCGCUGGUCAGGGAAAGUGAGGGCUUCGAGGAACACGUGCCCUCGGACAAUUCUUGA